AUGGCCAGAGCUUUGUGUCCACUUCAUGCCCUCUGGCUUCUGGAGUGGGUGCAGCUGCUCUUGGGACCCGGUGCUGCACCUCCAACCUGGGCCUUGAACCUGGACCCAGUGAGGCUCACCUUCUACACAGGCCCCAAUGGCAGCCACUUCGGGUUUUCAUUGGACUUCUACAAGGACAGCCAUGGGAGCGUGUCCAUCGUGGUGGGCGCCCCGCGGACCCUGGGUCGCAGCCAGGAGGAGACCGGCGGCGUUUUCCUGUGCCCCUGGAAGGCCGAGGGCAGCCAGUGUAUCUCGCUGACCUUCGACCUCAAUGAUGAGACGCGAAGCGUAGGCACCCAAACUUUCCAAACCUUCAAGGCCCGGCAAGGACUAGGGGCGUCGGUCGUUAGUUGGAGCGACAACGUUGUGGCCUGCGCUCCCUGGCUGCACUGGAACGUCCUAGAGAAGGCCGAUGAGGCUGAGAAGACGCCCGUAGGUGGCUGCUUCUUGGCUCAGCUGCAGAACGGAGGCCGCGCGGAGUACUCUCCCUGCCGAGACAACAUCAUGAGCGGGGUUCACAAGAGAAAUAAGUUUUCGGGAGACAAGCGCUACUGCGAGGCCGGCUUCAGCUCCGCCGUCACUCAGGCUGGGGAGCUGGUGCUUGGGGCUCCUGGCGGCUACUAUUUCUUAGGUCUUCUGGCGCGGGCUCCAAUUGCUGAUAUCAUCUCGAGUUACCGCCCGGGCACCCUCUUGUGGCACGUGUCCACCCAGCAGUUCACCUUCGACUACAGCCACGUGGAGUACUUCGACGGCUACCGGGGGUACUCGGUGGCUGUGGGCAACUUCGACGGGAAUCCCAACACUACAGAGUAUGUCUUCGGUGCCCCCAACUGGAGCUGGACCCUGGGAGCGGUGGAAAUUUUGGGCUCAUACCACCAGAGGCUGCACCGGCUGCACGGGGAGCAGAUGGCUUCGUAUUUCGGGCACUCAGUGGCCGUCACUGACGUCAACGGGGAUGGGAGGCAUGACCUCUUGGUGGGCGCACCACUGUACAUGGAGAGCCGUGCUGACCGCAAGCUGGCCGAGGUGGGGCGCGUGUACUUGUUCCUGCAGACUCGAGGCCCCCACUCGAUGGGGCCCCCCAGCCUCCUGCUGACUGGCACACAGCUCUAUGGGAGAUUUGGGUCAGCCAUUGCGCCACUGGGCGACCUCAACCAGGAUGGCUACAACGAUGUUGCAGUGGCCGCCCCCUAUGGGGGUCCCAGCGGUCGAGGCCAAGUGUUGGUGUUCCUGGGUCAGAGUGAGGGACUUAACUCACACCCCUCCCAGGUCCUGGACAGCCCCUUCCCCACAGGCUCUGGCUUCGGCUUCUCCCUUCGAGGUGCCACAGACAUCGAUGACAAUGGAUACCCAGACCUGCUGGUGGGAGCUUAUGGGGCCGACAAGGUUGUUGUGUACAGGGCUCAGCCGGUGGUGAUGGCCACUGUCCAGCUGCUGGUGCAAGAUUCCCUGAAUCCUGCUGUGAAGAAUUGUGUCCUGCCCCAGACCGAGGCCCCAGUGAGCUGCUUUAACAUCCAGGUGUGUGUGGGAGCCACUGGGCACAACAUUCCCAAGAAGCUGCGCGUAAAUGCCGAGCUGCAGCUGGACCGGCAGAAGCCCCGCCAGGGCCGGCGGGUGCUACUGCUGGCCUCUCAACAGGCAGGCACCAUCCUGGACCUGGAUCUGGGCGGGAGGCACAGCCCCAUCUGCCACAACACCACGGCCUUCCUCCGAGAUGAGGCUGACUUCCGGGACAAGCUGAGCCCCAUCCUGCUCAGCUUCAAUGUGUCCCUGCAGCCUGAGAAGGAUGGAGUAGCCCCUGCUCUCGUGCUGCAUGGAGACACCCACAUCCAGGAGCAGACCCGCAUCGUUCUGGACUGUGGGGAAGAUGACCUGUGUAUACCACAGCUCCAGCUCAGUGCCAACGUGAUGGGCUCCCCACUCCUAAUUGGAGCUGAUAACAUGCUGGAGCUGCAGAUGGAUGCGGCCAAUGAGGGUGAAGGAGCCUACGAGGCCGAGCUGGCUGUGCACAUGCCGCCAGGAGCCCACUACAUGCGGGCCCUCAGCAACAUCGAGGGCUUUGAGAGGCUCAUCUGUAACCAGAAGAAGGAGAAUGAGACCAAGGUGGUUCUGUGUGAGCUGGGCAACCCCAUGAAGAGGAACGCCCAGAUAGGAAUCACGAUGUUGGUGAGUGUGGGGAACCUGGAAGAGGCUGGGGAGUACGUGUCCUUCCGGCUGCAGAUCAGGAGCAAGAACAGCCAGAAUCCAAACAGUGAGACGGUGGUGCUGGAUGUGCCAGUUCGGGCAGAGGCCCACGUGCAGCUGACAGGGAACUCCUUUCCAGCCUCCCUGGUGGUGGCAGCAGAAGAAAACAGGGAGAACAGCUUGGACAGCUGGGGCCCCAAAGUGGAGCACACCUAUGAGCUCCACAACAAUGGCCCCGGUGCUGUAAAUGGCCUCCGCCUCCACCUCUACUUCCCCGGCCAGUCCCAGCCCUCCGACCUGCUCUACAUCCUGGAUAUACAGCCCCAGGGAGGCCUUCAGUGCUCCCCACAGCCGUCUCCCAACCCCCUCCAGCUGGACUGGAGGCUGCCCACCCCCAGCCCUUCCCCGGCCCAUCACAAGCGGGAUCGAAGACAGGCACUCCUGCCAGAGCAGAAGCAGCCCUCUUUUCUGGUCUUAGGUGAGGAGGUGAUGGGUCAGGAGGGGCUGGGAACCAAUGAUGCAUCCCCUCAGAACUGCGACUGGGAGCCCUGCACUGUGGUGCAGUGUGAGCUGCAGGAGAUGGCGCGCGGGCAGCGGGUCAUGGUCACGGUGCUGGGCUUCCUGUGGCUGUCCAGCCUCCACGAGAGGCCCCUGGAUCAGUUUGUGCUGUGGUCACACGCUUGGUUCAACGUCUCCUCCCUUCCCUACGCCGUGCCCGCCCUCCGCCUGCCCAGCGGGAAUAUUAAGGUGCAGACGCAAGUGCUUCGGGUCUUGGAGGAGAGAGAACUUCCAAUCUGGUGGGUGCUGGUAGGCGUGCUGGGUGGCCUGCUGCUGCUCACAUUCCUGGUCCUGGCCAUGUGGAAGGUAGGCUUCUUCAAGCGGAAUCGGCCACCCUUAGAAGAAGAUAGUGAAGAGGAGUGAUGAGCCCAUGCAUCUCUGUCCUAGCAGGAAGGCGGGGUGUGAUGCCCCCUCUGUCCCUUCUUCUCCAGCGAGUGCCCCCCCUCUAGCUCUGAUCACCCACCGGUUGGAGCUCUUCCAUGGAGGCCUCCUGAUGUCCUCUCCCUCCCAUCAGAGCUGGGUCACCCUCUCUCCUGCUGCCUAAUAAAGAGGUUAAGCCCCAACCCCCAGAAUGCUGCCUCCUCACAGGGUCAGUGGAAGAGAGGGGGCCUGAGGUGAUGUUUGGGAUGGGGAAUCUGAGGCUGGCAGAAAUGUGGGCAGAGAAGGUCUCUGCCAGGGCAAAGGGUGCAAAUUACUGUCUUUGGGGAGUGUCGGGGAGUAGAGAGCGGGGGUGGAACAAGGGAGAAAGGGUGGCAGAGCCUCCAAGUGAGACUGCAGGGGGAUGGGGUAUCUGAGGGUGGCUCGGUGGGGUGAAGGUUGGGAGCAUCAGAGAAGGCAGGCUGAGUCCCUGAUGGGUGGCUUUAAACAAUAUUUUUUUCCAUGAUUUUUAAAAAAUACAAUAUUUAUUUAUUUAUUUGGCUGUGUCAAGUCUUAGUUGCAGCAUGCAGGAUCUUAGUUACGGCAGGUGGGAUCUUUCAUUGUGGUGCACCGGCUCUUCGUUGUGGCAUGUGGGCUUCUCUCUAGUUGUGGCCCACAGACUCCAGAGCGCACACGCUCAGUAGUUGAAGCAUGCAGGCUCUAGAGGACGCAAGGCAUGUGUAAUCUUAAUUCCCCAGCCAGGGUUCGAACCCAAGUUCCCUACAUUGGAAGGUGGAUUCUUAACCACUGGACCACCAGGGAAGUCCCUUUUCCAUGAUUCUGAGGGAAUAAAACCUCAAGAUGACCUGAGAUUUGGGGAAAUAACACACGGUCCCCACUCUCAUGAAAGAAGGUGCUUAAAGCUGUAUUCAGAGUGAGGAGGGGCAGAGGGAGGCUGAGUAAGCCCUCAGUCUGAAGAAGGCAGAGUUGCAGCAGGGACAGAAGAGCAGUCAUUGCUCUCUGGCCACCCUGCUGUUUGCUGUUCCUUCUUCCCCACCAAGGGGAAGAGUCUUCAGUUAGGAACAAGGGCACAGGCAGGGAGCUCAUAGAAGGGCUGGGAAUGGAAGACAACUGUCCCACCGUGGUGAUGGGAGUCAGUGGGUAGAGGUGGGAGGGUCCUCCUGGAGUCCUGAGAGAUUUGUUGGUUCAUGAAUUCAAUAAAUAUUUGUUGAGCACCUACCAUGGGCCUGGUACUGUUCCAGUGCUGGGAUGGAGCAGUGGACAAAACAAAGUCCCUGCAUUCAUAGAAUUUACAUUCAACCAGGAGUAAAGAAUAAACAAAUUAAGGUAUGGCCAGUGGCAGUCAAUGCUGGAAGUCAAAAUAAAGAUAAGGAGAUAGUGAUCGAAUUAAAUGGGUGUUGAGUGAAGGCUGACUUUCUAGGGAGAGUGGUCAGAGAAGGCCUCUCUAGGAGGUGAGCAGAGAGAUGAAGGAAUGAGCAGGCAGCUGCAGGGAAUAAAGUGUUCUAGACAGAAAGAGCCGCCAAUGAAAAGGCCUGAAGUGAGAGCAGGCUUGAUAUAUUCAAGUAAAAGAAAGGAGGCCCCUGGGCUGGAUGCAGGUGAGGGGUCUAGAUGAGGUCAGGGGUGGGGGCAGGCAGGAAGCACCUUGUGGCCAUAGGGAAGACUUUGGACUUGAUGCUAAGUGUUGGGGGAAGCCAAUGAUGAGCAGACUUACCUCACAAGAGCUGCCUGUAUUUUACCCAAAAGGGUAAAAUGUAAAUUCUGAAAAGAGAACAAUUUGACAUCCAUGCAUGGCAAGUUCUAGAACAAGUUUCUAGUUGGAUGACUGUGGCCAUUUAGGAAAAGAUUAAGCUGUGAUCCUUGAACACCAGCCAAACUUCCUCUUCCCCUCACCAUUGUACUUGGAUGGCCCCAAACAAUUUAUCUUGAUCCAGCAAAGCUUUUGGCAUUUGUCCUUAUAAACAAGACAGAAAUGUGAGCUGGAUGAUAGACUUGGAUUGAAAACUGAACAAUUUUGAUAAAGCUGAAGGAGAUCUCUGUGGGGGUGUCCCAAAGCUCCAUCCUUGGGCUGCCUGGUAUUGUCAUGAAUCCCUUGAAUGGACUCAACGAAGCUACUCUUCACCCUGCAGAUGGCGGCUGGCUGAGAGGCAGCUCCAAUACAAUGGGUGAUGAAGCAGAUUCGAGGCAGCCUUGACAGAUUGUAAAGUUGGGUUGAAACCAACCAGGAAUGAGUGCUAAAUCCUGUGUUGAGAUUGUGAAAAAAUUGGUUACAUAAGACUGGGAAGCCUGAAUAGAUGGAAAUUUAUGGGAAAGAAAAAAAGAAAGAAAAGGAGGGAGAGAGUGUGAGAAAGGAAGGAAGGAAGGAGGAGAGAGGACGGGGGAGAGAGGAAGGAAAGAAAGAAGGAAGGAAGGAAAGAAAAAUGGAGGAGAGAAAAUGAGAGAGGAAGGAAGGAAGGAAGGAAGGAAGGAAGGAAGGAAGGAAGGAAGGAAGAAGGAAGGAAUGAAUAAGAUGGCUUUGUUCACCAGCUCAUAACAAUGUGCCCUUAUGUUAGGAGACCCAACCAGGGGACCUAAUCAGGAGAAAAGCCUGAGCUCUGGGGGUCGGAGUUCCUUGCCCUAAGUAUCCAGUCCCCUUCCAGGCACCAUAUUGUGAGAAAGAGAAGGUGACAAGCCAGAGAACCAGGAGCGCGAUAACCAGAUUAGAUGAGGGUCUGAUCACCCAGAAGUUGAAUGAUGAGGACAACCAGAACCUGGGAAGAAAGAGAGCUUGGCUGGGGCCAGGGCAGGCUUCCAGUGUGGGAUUCAAACGUAGGGUUCUAAGCAUUAUGUUUGCUUAGCGAUGGAUCUACUACCUGGGCGGUGGUGAGCCCCACCUCAGCAUGGGCCGACAAUAGCACCGUUUAUUGCGCCCCUGCUGCAGUCAAGAACAUGCUAGACCCUUUAUAUCAUCAUGUCUUUUAAUCGUAACAAUAACCCCGCAAGGUGGAGAUUACAACUCUCAUUUUAAAGAAAGGCUGUGGAGGAGAAGGUUAAGUAACUAGUUUAUGGCUCAAGAAGAGGCAGAAGGCAGACGAGAACCCAGACUGGGUGAUUUCCCAAGGCGGCUGCGCUCUACCUCCGCAACACGGCGCAGGUGUUUGCGCGGAGACAACUGGGCAGUUCUUACAGUUUUUGGAGAUACUCAUGACCAACUCUUUCUUUGUGUUGUAAGCAACAGUCAUUCUCCCUCCCAAAAUUUUGCACCAAAUUUCGAGGGCUCUGGAACUCCGAGAACCCCGGUGA